AAGAUAGGUAUUGUUUAUUUGUUUUUGGGUAUGUGAUCUGGUUUUGUAGGAUUGGGCUUGAGAUGUGGAUUAGUAUGUAUUUGGGUUCUGGUGUGGGGUGGACAUUUUAUCCUUCUCUGUCUAGAAAGUAUGUUUAUGGCAUGGGGGUUUAUUAUAUGUUAAUUUCUUUGCACUUGGCCAAUAUGUCUAGGAUAUUAGGUGCACUGAAAUUUAUUAUAACAUGCGGUGGUGAUUUUAUAAUGUUUCAACACUCACAUAUGCAGAGAACUGAGAAAUUGAGAGUCGCCAGUGAGGUAUUUAAGUUUGUUGGUAUGGAUAUAAAGAGAAUGACCUUCUUUAGUGCUGUAACAGCAUUAAUAGGUAUACCGACUGGUCUGAAGGUGAUUUCCUGGGUGUCCAUGCUAACGUCUGUAUCUGUUGGCUUAGGGUAUCCUAUUUAUGCUCAGGCUCCUUGUGUUUUUUCAGCUGUUGAAUUUAAAUUGUGUUUUUUUCCAAUGUAUUAUUUUGGGAUGUGCGUUUUACCGCCUCAAGUUUGUGUUUAUGAUACGUCCUUUUAUUGGAUGAAUGGCGUGUGUACUCUGGGUAGGUUUUUGUCUUCUUUAGUGUUUGUUUUUUUAUGUAUAUUCUGUGGAAUUCGUUAA